GUGUCCUCGCCGGCGGCAGGGCGGAGCCGAAACGCACUGGGGCCCUCAGUGUCGCGCUAAAGCGCCAGGUUUCCGGCGAGAGCGGGAACGACAGUCCCAGAGCUCCUCGCGACAGGCGCGGAAGCUGGCGGCGGCCGCCCGGGACUCCGGUCCCGGCCGGUCCGCAGACCCCGGGGCGUGUGACGCCCGCGCGAGGGAAGGGCCGGCUCUCUGGCCUCCGGCCGCCUAGGCCAGAGCGCGCUGCAGCGCGGGCGUUUCUUAGCUUUGUGCCGGGGACGGGCGCCUUGUGUCUGGAGACAGUAGCCAUGGGAAGAGUUGGAGGCGUGUCUCCCACCGGGCUGUGGGUGCACCGUGCGCGGGGCCCCACCUGUGACCCGGCAGCUUCGUUUGUGCCUUGCUCCGUGUGGGGCCUCUGCGUGUGUAACUGUCACUUAGUCUUUUCGGGGACCCUUUGUAGAGCUGGGACGGUGCCGGAGCGUGAAGGAGUUUGAGAAGCUGAACCGCAUUGGGGAAGGCACCUACGGCAUUGUGUACAGGGCCCGGGAUACCCAAACGGAUGAGAUUGUUGCCCUGAAGAAAGUGCGGAUGGACAAGGAGAAGGAUGGGGUCCCCAUCAGCAGCCUUCGAGAGAUCACGCUUCUCCUUCGCCUCCGCCAUCCGAACAUCGUGGAGCUGAAGGAGGUGGUUGUGGGGAACCACCUGGAGAGCAUCUUCCUGGUGAUGGGUUACUGUGAGCAGGACCUGGCCAGCCUUCUGGAGAACAUGCCGACACCCUUCUCUGAGGCGCAGGUCAAGUGCAUCGUGCUGCAGGUGCUCCGGGGCCUCCAGUACUUGCACCGGAACUUCAUCAUCCACAGGGAUCUGAAGGUCUCCAACUUGCUCAUGACGGAUAAGGGCUGCGUGAAGACAGCGGAUUUCGGCCUGGCCCGGGCCUAUGGCAUCCCGCUGAAGCCAAUGACCCCCAAGGUGGUCACCCUCUGGUACCGAGCCCCUGAACUGCUGCUGGGGACCACCACGCAGACCACCAGCAUCGACAUGUGGGCCGUGGGCUGCAUCCUGGCCGAGCUGCUGGCCCAUAAGCCCCUUCUGCCCGGCGCUUCCGAGAUCCACCAGGUGGACCUGAUCGUACAGCUGCUGGGGACACCCAGUGAGAACAUCUGGCCGGGCUUCUCCCAGCUGCCACUGGUGAGCCAGUACAGUCUGAGGAAGCAGCCCUACAACAACCUGAAGCACAAGUUCCCGUGGCUCUCGGAGGCCGGCCUGCGCCUGCUGAACCUUCUCUUCAUGUACGACCCCAAGAAAAGGGCGACGGCCGGCGACUGCCUGGAGAGCUCCUACUUCAAGGAGAAGCCCCUGCGUGAGUCUCCCCCACCCCCUGGCCGGCGCUUGGCUGGGGGUCCCUGUCCGGGUCGGGGCUGCUGUUGGGCAGGUGGGCAGUGGGGCCCGAGCAGGCACGGGCUGCUCGUGCCGCAGGAACCGUGUGCAGGGCCAGGAGGGGAGCAGAGGGAGGCGUGGGGGGCCCUCCCCACCCGGCGCUGAGCAGCCCCCUCCCUGCAGCCUGCGAGCCGGAGCUCAUGCCCACUUUCCCCCACCACCGCAACAAGCGUGCUGCCCCGGCCACAUCCUCAGGCGCUGAGAGCCAGAGCCGGCGCUGCAAGCCCUGAGGGCGGGGGCCCCUGCGGCCCGGCCUGUCCCUCGGCCAGGACCGACCAGCUGCUCCAGCUGACUGCACCGCUUCCUGCACCUCUGCUCACCGCUGCCCCAGAAUGGCAGCGUGUGGACAUGGGGGAUGCAGGUGGGUGCGUCCUGCAGGCCCAGACACCCUGCCGGGCGCCACCUGGUGGCUCUGUCAUCUCAUGGCUCUGCCAUCUGGUGGCUGGGCUGGGUCCACCUGUUGCCAAGCCCUCAGACCCUCACUUCCCAGGAGGAAAUUUGGCUGGGCCCAUCUCAGGAGGUGUCUCUGGCUUGGGACGAGCAGACCCCACGUGGUCACUUUUGUCCCCACUUGAUCCCCAGGGUCGGCCUAGGAAGGGAGAGGCUACAGUGACCCCCCCGCUGGGGCUGCAGGACUCAGAGUGGGAAGGAGGGGUGGGGUGUGGGGUGCCGCCAGCUUGGUGGACUAGAGUCUGGGCAGCUCUGAGCCCACCAGAGGGACAGCCCCUGGAUUGGGGGCUGUGCCCUGUGCCCACUCCCCACUGAGGCUCCUGGGGAGGGACAUGGUUGGGCCUCGGAGAGAUAAACGCUUUCCUCACAGACA